AUGUGGUCUUCUACUAUUGCCGCCUUUCCCCUCUUCUCCUUAGCACUUGGGGCUGUCAACUGGAGUGCCUUGGAGUCAUGCGUGACCGAGAGCGGCACGACGUCCGCUAAAACAGUGUCAACCUCAAUGUCCACUACAACAGUACAACAGCCUGAUCUUGUUGUCAAGCAUACUUUCCACCCUCAGCAUCUCGUGACCCUCCGACCUUUCACAAAGACCUGGACACACAUCAUCCAAGAAACAGAUACUGCCGUUUCUACCAUCACUAUCGACUUGACGCAAACCGUACUGGUUCCAACUUCGACGAUAGUGAAUACUUACACGCAAACACAUGUGUCCAACGUGUACACCACUAUCGCAGCUCCUGCUGGCUUCCUUCCCAUCUCAGAUACCACAAACUCUGCCGAUCCCAAUGGACAGUCAUCCGAUAGCUCAACGACUUCUGCCUCGAAGCCUACCAGCGUGUCUUCGCAAUCGAGCUCCAGAUUGGCUGUCUCGGCUUCUGCUGCUUCCAACUUCAACAUGACUGCCUCAGCUUCUGGUCUUGCUGGUCUCAGCGGCUCAGUCGGCUUUGGAGGCUCCGCCAACCUUGAUGAGAGAGGCUUAGGUCUCAAGGGUCUCAAGCAGUUUGCGCACGCUGUUCACUGCUUGAAGAGUGUCCUUAUCCAGAAGACCAUUGAUACUACCGUCACUGGGACUACACAGACAAGUACACUUGCUCAAGCUACAGCUACCGUCACCGUCAGUGCCACUGUCACAGCAAUGGUACAGCCCAAGCUUGGCCGUGGCAAGACUGUAUACACAACCUCUUGGGUAACCACGACCAAUGGGUACAAUGCCUACUCAAAUGCGGUAGUGACUGCCGAGGUCACCUCCACUAUCAAGGCCUACGCUGCAUGCCAGACAAACAACAUACUCAGCUCUGUUGCUUCAAUCUCUGGCAAGGCCAAGUACAAGACCACCGUCGCAGGCUCGGCUCAGCAAUGCUGCGAGCAAUGCCAACAGUCAAGUAACUGCGUAGGAUCUGCCUUCCAAGCCUUACUCCCCCUCGGCGGUCGCUGCCUUAUCUACUACGCCGACACUUGCCCUGCUCAAUCUGCAAAUUCCCUGCAGUACACUCUUCCUGCAAUCAAACAGUUCGGAACCUAUGCUGUAAGCAAUGGUAUGUGCGGCUACAUGUUUGCAACGAGUGGGCAGUUCUCGGCUCAUGGACAUGGCUGGUAA